AUGUCCUGUGAAUUUUUCGGUGUUUCUAUUCUAAUUGCCUUCAUUGGCAUUAUUGCAUUUAUUGUGAUGCCAUCAUCUGACUUCCAGUGCGAAUUACCGAAGCCACCACGAUUAGAAGGUGUAUUAGAAGUAAACGAGAUACUCACGAAAGCUGAAUACAUUUUAAAGGAUAAAAUUUUUGGUCCUGAAUCGAUCAUUGUCGAUGAAGGUGAGAUUGCUGAGAACUGUUGA